UCGGCCCGAACCAUAUCCGACCCGACCUGCCUGUUUGCCACUCCUGGUUACAAUUACAAUGAAAGUCAGUCAUUGACAGUUUUGUGGACGAAAAUGAUCCCAAGAUAGAAACUUCCUUUCUUUUGGCACCAUCAUCUUAUCAUUUGUAUAAAACUGGAUGUGCUUAUACUUCUACACACUCUGAACGAAAUCCCUUACUAUAUCCUAAUAUAUUUAACCCCAGUACCUUCACAUAAACAUAUGUAACACUACUCGUGUCAUGUGUCUAGUAGAGGCUCACUCGUACACAAUCUUUCCACUGCCAACUUUCUGGCCUAUAAUGGGAAUUCUGCAAUCUUAUGAUUGAUACUGGCUGCUGACAGUAAUAUAUAAUGCAGUUUACGGACCAACACUGAAGUUGUACUUAUUCCCUAACUGUUGAUCUCUUAUUCUUUUGUGGGUGAAAGAGAAUUAAUUAAAGAAGCAGGGGAAAGGACAUAGUACAUACUAGUUUUUGCUUUAUCAAGAAUUAUAUAAUAGGCCAAUAUGGUUGAUCUUGGUUCAGACGAGACUGCACAACCUUCAACUACUGUUAACAUGUUCACUAAGAAAAAAGAGCUUCUUUCCAAUGUUAUGAAAAGGACCUCCGAAUGGAUUUUAUCCCAGGAGAUCCCAAGUGAUAUAACUGUUCAUGUUGCAGGAACUUCCUUUGCUCUGCACAAGUUCCCACUAGUCUCAAAGUGCGGAUAUAUAAGGAAGUUGGUCGCAAAAUCCAAUGAUGCUAAUCUUUCUGUAUUCGAAAUCCCUGACAUUCCUGGUGGAGCAGAGGCAUUUGAAUUUGCAGCAAAAUUUUGUUAUGGAAUAAACUUUGAGAUAAGCUCAGGAAACGUCGCAUUGCUUAGAUGUGUAGCAGAAUAUCUUGAUAUGACAGAUGACUAUGCAGUUGGAAAUUUGGUAGGAUUAUCAGAAGCCUACUUAAACGAGUUAGCACUUAAGAGCAUUGCAGGUGCAGUUUCCGUCUUGCACUCUUCAGAAAAACUUCUUCCAAUUGCAGAAAAUAUAAAAUUGGUGAACAGAAGCAUAGAUACAAUUGCAUACAUGGUUUGCAAGGAUAGCCAUUUUUGUAAGUCAGGUAGAAUAGAGGUCGACGCUAAUAGUUUGACGAAUUCCUCCACAUUUUCAAAUCCGAGGACCAUUGUUGUUGAUUGGUGGGCUGAGGAUUUAACUGUCCUUAGAAUUGAUUUUUUCCAAAGGGUUCUAAUUGCUAUGAUGGCUAGGGGAUACAAACAGUAUGCACUUGGACCAGUAUUGAUGCUCUAUUCGCAGAAAUCCCUUCAAAAUUUGGAAAUAUCAGGAAAUGAGAGGAAAAUGACUGAGCUGAGACAAGUACAUGAAAAGAGGGUUGUUGUUGAAACCAUAGUUAGUCUUCUGCCAAGGGAGAAAAAUGCAUUGUCAGUUAGUUUUCUCUCAAUGCUUCUUCGCGCUGCAAUAUAUCUUGAAACCACAGUUGCUUGUAGGGUUGAUCUGGAGAGGAGAAUCGCGUUGCAACUUGGACAAGCUGUAUUAGAUGAUUUGCUAAUUCCUUCAUAUUCUUCCUUCACAGAAGACACAUUAUUUGAUGUUGAAAUCGUGCAACGUAUCAUGACGUAUUUCAUUGAGUAUGAAAUGGUGGAAAAUCAGUUUGGCUUCAACGAUGAAGAGUAUGUGCCGCCAUUAGCAACUGAAAUGGAGAAAGUUGGGGAACUCAUGGAAGAUUACCUUGCUAAAAUAGCCUCAGACAAUAAUCUCUCUGUUUCGCAGUUUAUCAGUAUUGCUGAAGUCAUUCCAGAGAAAUCAAGGAUCACAGAAGAUAGGAUGUACAAGGCCAUUGACACUUAUUUGAAGGCACAUCCAGCUCUAAGUGACAUUGAGAGAAAAAGAGUUUGCAGUGUUAUGAACUGUCAAAAGCUAACUCGAGAAGCUUGUGCUCAUGCUGCUCAGAAUGAGAGGCUCCCUGUUCAGACUGUUGUGCAAGUGCUUUACUUUGAACAACAACGCCUUCGCCAAGUUAUGGAUGGUAGUCUAGACGGGGCAGAUGAGUCAUCCACCGACAAUAACCCUGUUACAGAUGAAGUCUCAAGUCUAAAAAGAGAAAAUCAAGAUCUAAAAUUCGAGCUAGUGAAAAUGAAAACGAGGUUGAAUGAAAUUGAAAAAUGUGGUGAUAUAUCAGCUACUAGUACCCCUGUGGAGAUCACCACUCCAAUAUCUUCUGAUAAACCUCGUCUGCGAAGAAAAUCUUUCAUAAGCUCAGUUUCCGAAACGCUUGGGAAACUGUAUCCAAUAUCAUUUGGAGCUGAUCAUGUAAUCAUGCCAUCGGCCAGCAAAGGAAGAUAUAAACCAAUUAGUAGAGAUAGGCGUUAUUCGAUAUCAUGAUGCGGCUAAAUUUGCCAUAAAGCUGUUGGUUUUGGCUGAAGUAUUUGAAUCUUUGGGAAAGCAGUAAUGGAUUUAGCUAUAUUUCUGUCUUUUGUUCUCCUUUGUUUUAUGUUAUAUAAGUGUUUUAACUUCUGCGUUUUAAGCAUAGGCAAGAAUCCUCAACAACAACCUUGUUUAGUUCAACUUAUUAUGGAAACAAUACAGCCUUAUAAUUAAUUACUGCCAAACGACAACAGAAUGCUGGGAUUUUCCUAAAGAAUUUACAGAAUUCGAUGUGCAAUCAGCAAUUUGGCCAAAUUAGUUGAGAAGCACUUUUGACUUACCGAAAGUAGUGAGAAACCGUUUGUGUUAAGAUAAUUAUUUUUAAAAAAAAAGUGCUUUCGAGCGUCAAAAUAUAUAUAAAAAUGAGAAACAUAAAAAUAUUCACGUUACAAUUUAUAUCAGGGUGAAAGUCAUUCUCCCCUACAAUUUUUCUUAAAAUUCAAACUCAUCUCGAACUUUGAAUAAUACAUAUUUCUCCCUUAUCCCACACAAUAUUUUCUCAAAAAUUAAUUUUCUAUUACUACUUUACUUUCAAGUAGAAGCUACACAUUUAACCCGUCUGCCCAAUGCUUUUGUUCUCGGCUUAGAGCCCGUUUGGCCAUGAUUUUUUAUUUUUUUUACUUUUUUCGAAAAAAAU